AUGAGUGAUUCUUCAGUGAAGAAUUUGGCUAUUACAGAUAAGGUUCAAAAACCUGGUGGUUGUGUUGGCAUUUUCUUUCAGCUUAUUGAUUGGAAGAAGAGACUUGUUAAGAAAAAGCUCUUCUCCAAGAAGCUUCUUACUCCUGCUCGUGCGAAAAAGUUUAGAGGAGAUGACAAAAUGCCAAAUUCUAAACUUCAUUUGAUUGCUAAUGAGAAUAGUGGAGGUUUUCCAAAAGGUGGGAAUCAUGGUGUAGAUGUAGACCAAAAGAGUGAAAUGCGAGUUCCAAGUUUGGUAGCUAGGUUGAUGGGUCUAGAUUCUAUUCCGGCCGCUCAGCGAGAUAAAUCGAACAAAGCUUUGUGUCCUGAUUAUAGUUGUGGCGAUGAGAAGGAGUGUUUGAGUAAUCAUUGCGAGUUGGAUAGGCAAGGUAAGGAUUUGGAAAUGAGAGUUGUGAAGCAUGAUUCGAGACCUCAGAAGCUUCAGAAAACGGGAGUAUGUGAGAGAAAUGGGGUGACUAGGUUUGGAGCGGAGGCUCUUCAUAUUAAGAGUGUUUUGUCACGAGCAAAAAAGUAUAACCAACAUCAUAAUCAUCAUCACCCGAAGCUUGCUUCUCCUUUGAAAAGUCCUAGGGUUAAUUCCGGGAAAAGUGCUUCUCGAGGCUCUAGAUUAAUGGGAGCGGCUGCUAAGAUUUUGGAACCUGGAAUGCACGCUAGUAGAGGUAAAGGUUCUCUUAUGUAUCAUGCGUCCACAUGUCCUCUUAAGGCCGGCAUUGGAACGGAUGGUGUGGGAAAUAAGUCACCGGUUAUGCAAAAUCAAUCUUGUUAUGGUUCCAGCACGGCCAAACCUUUAACAGGGCAGUCUUCUUGCAAAAAUUGUGGCAAUUUGCUUGAUGUGAUUGAUUGCACGGUGGAGGUUAGGGGAUCACCAGAUGUUCCUCCGCCGACUGUUUCUGACGUGGAAAUCAAUGCUACCUCAAUGGUAUCGUCGUUUAAGAAGGGAAAGUCUUUCACUCCCUCUCAAGGACAAGGAAGAGAUAUCGUUCUUCCGAGAAGUCGGGGCAAGUUCUUAUCUUCUGUUGCUGAUGAAGAGGUGAAGAAUUAUGCACAGUGCUCAUGGAAUGAACCGACUACCAUAAGAAUUCCAAUGCCCCACGAAGCCCCGGCUAAAUGUAGUUCAUCGAGCCAACCAUUAAGGGCUCAAGAGGAAGAUGGAUCUUCUUUCACCCAUAAACACAAAACACAAGAAUCAAAAUUAAGUAGCGAGGGCUCUUCGUCUGGAUCAACAACGAGUAGUAUGCAAGUAAAAAGAGUAUCAUCGUGUGGGAGCACUACAAGUGGGACUAAAGACUUCGUUGCUUUGAAUAGAAGCGUAACUGGUCGAACGAGGAUGAGGCCGCCUACUAAAGUUGAUAGUUCUAAAUUUGACUUAGAGAAAAAACCUUGUUAUAGACAACAGCACGAGUCACUGUCUCAUGUAAGGACAUUGGAAAGGAAAAGAAGGACCCCGAAUGUCACACAACUCGAAGGCACGACUCCUGCUAAUUCAGUUGGUUUGAAACAGAGAAAUCUUCGCCGUGAUGCAAUUGUAGGAAAAAGGAGGGACUUUGACUCUUCCUCAUUGAACAGUCCCAAUGUAAAAAAUAAAGGAGGUGGUCAAGGGGAACCGGUUAAGGUGAGCCGCAAUAGGAAAAUUGAUGCAGCUUCAUUCACGUUUAGUUCCCAUUUGAAGCAAAAGACUGGAAUGCCCGUGGAGAUGGAAGAGACGAACAUCAACAAUGAUCGGAAUAAAUACUUCCAAAGACCUCCACCGUUAAAAGUUGAUGAUUUAAGUUGUUUUCUAGAACAAAAGUUGAAGGAACUAACCUCUCAAAAAAACGAGUUGGCUACAAAUGCUCUACCUCAAAAAUCAAGUGCCGCGAUUCUUCAAGAGCUGAUAUCUGCUCUAAGUUCAGAACAUUUGAACCAUCAUGAUGGUCAUAUGCAUAAUGAAGAUACUGGUUUCCUUUGUGGAACCAAACAAGAAAGGUUGUUAGGAACCUCUUGCAAUGAUAAUCAUCUCAGUCCCGGAUCUGUUUUAGAAGCUUCAUUUUCUUCUAGUAGUCUCGACGAAUGCUCAGGACGAGGUUUUCACCCCGAUUCUGUGAGUUUCUCGUAUAGCCAGCCGGAACAAAUGGAACACGAUGAUGAACUCUUUGAUUCCGUGGUGUCUUUUAAUAAAGGAAGUAUAAGCAAGAUACUAAUUGAUAUUGUCAACCAAAUUCCUAUGGUAUUGCAGUGUUUAUAUUCGUUCGGGACACAAUUCACAAGAAGCAAGCUCAACAAUAUGAAGAGUGUUCUCGUGAAUGCUGAACUGGUGCUUCGAAUUGCAAAUGAACGAGGCGAGGAAGAAGUGCCACAAUUUCUAAUUUAUCGGUUUCUUCGUAACGAAUUGGACACUAUGUUGACUGAUUUUAGUGGUUUUGUUGGUUGUGAGGAUUCCAAACCGAGAAAGAUGCUCAAUGGAUUUAUCUUGGAUUGUGUUAUGGAAUAUCUAGAAUCAAAUUGUUGCCAAUAUUUUCACUCGGGGUUCAAGGCGUGGACGAAGCUUCCGUUAUGCAUGAAAACCGAGACAUUGGCUCAAGAGGUCACGAGAGAGGCGAAUAAGUGUGCGCGUAUGGUUGGGAUGGUACCCGACGAAAUAAUCGAAUGGGAGAUGAGUCAUUCACUCGGGAAAUGGAAUGACUUUGAUAUCGAAGCAUUUGAGGCCGGUGUUGAUAUAGAUGGAGAUAUACUUCAUUGUUUGGUUGAUGAAGUUGUUGAAGAGUUUGUAGGUUGCAAGCAUACUUCUUACUCCUUUUGA